UUUGGACCUAAUCGUCAUGGCUUAGGAAACAAUAAUCCAUUUUUACGCAUUCACACAUAAAUACAUUAAUAAAUAAUUAAUUAAUUAAAUAAAAUUAGCUCUCCAGAUUUGUGAUGUGGAGAAUCUACCAUGGAAACUCAAAGCUGAGAAAAAUUCUCGUAUGUUAUGACACACAUCUGGCGCCGAAUCUAUGUCCCAUUUCCAUACAUGGCUGCUUUUGGCAUGGUGUUGUUCGGUAAAUACUGCGCGCCGCUCAGAUAAACAAAGUGAUUCUGCUCGUGGAUGUGUUUUCAUGCCUGACUGAAGUGUGAGAUUUUUUAUUUCCCGAUUUUGGUUUAGAAAAGUUGUGAUUCUGCUGCUGUAUACGGUGAUAUAGGAUUCUGAGUUGUACGUGAUUCCUGUGUUGGAUGGUUGGAAUUCAGUCGGAUUAUGAGAAAUUUGACAUUAAUUGACGCUUUAGCGACUAGGUUUUGCGUAGAAUUGGGGAUUUGAGUGCUGGUUUCCGUGCAUGAAGUGAUUUUUCUGCAGAUUAUGGUGAUCUUUGUUGCAUUUCGCGAUUGUGAUGUGUUUGGUUCUUUAUCUUGUGAGAAUACAGUGAUUCAUGCAUAGUUAUUGACGUAGUGCGUGAAAGGGAAUUUUAGUUUGAUAACAACUUUGAUGUUCUGGAUGCUUUGAUUGAUAGGAGAAGUGACAUUAUUCAGCUACAUUGUGGUUUUUGCAUAUGAUAUUGAAGUUUAAGUAAAUUUGUUGAUAGAAGUAGCGACAAAGUUAGUAUAUCAAGGGGUUGUUGGUGGUUGGUGAGAUGGCUUCUGCAUCUUCUACACAACCUCCUCUUCCUCCUGAUGGUCCUCAGGAUUCAUCACCGCCACCACUGAAAAAUUCCCCUCCCUCAAUCCCAGCACCUCCACCUCUGCCUAAGCCACCACCUAUGGCUUCUCCUCCCCCUGAAACUAUAGUUUCUCCUCCUCCAUCAUUACCUUCUACUCCACCUGCUACUCCACCUCCAAUAUCACUUGCACCUCCUCUUAAACCACCAGUUAACUCUCCACCACCUCCACUGAUUGAUGCUCCCUAUUCACCGCCUCCUCCUAAUCACUCUCCACCCCCGCCUCAGCCGUUAAACAGUCCUGCACCUCCAGCUCCGAAAUCACAACAGCCCCCUAAGAGUUCACCACCACCUAAGCCCCCAGCAAGUUCCCCUUCACCGCCGUCACCAUCUCCACCACCUCCACCUCCACGGAGCUCACCUCCACCACCUCCACAAAACUCACCUCCACCACCGCCACGAAACUCAUCUCCACCACCUCCACCACCUCCACGAAACUCACCUCCACCUCCACCACCUCCACGCAACUCACCUCCACCUCCACCACCUCCACAAAACUCCCCUCCACCUCCUCCUCCACCUCCUCCUCCUCUACGAUCACCACCAAUGUCACCACAUGCACCUUCAAUACUAAAAUCACCACCUCCUCAUUCCUCUCGGUCACCGCCAUCCCAUCCAAGAAUCAAUAGUUCCACUGGUAAUGCACCAAAAGAUUCAGGGCAUAUUGAUUAUGGGGGCAUUCAUACUGAGGCCGGCGUGAUAUUAUAUUCAGUAGUGGGUAUAUUAGUAUUUUUGCUAGUGGUUGCAUGUUGUGUGAGAUGGCGAAAAAAAGCUUCUGGACGUAAUGGUAAUUACAUUGUGCCGACCUCUUCCCAUGAAUCAGAUCCUGCAUUUUUGAAGUUGCAAAUGUCAAAACCCAAAAAUAGAAGUGGCUCUGGCCUAGAUAUCAUCUGUUCACCCCAUGAUCCUGGUGGCUUCGGCAGUUCUAGGACGUGGUUCAACUAUGAAGAACUAGUCCAGGCAACAAAUGGAUUUUCAGCACAGAAUCUCUUGGGUGAAGGUGGAUUUGGGUCUGUGUACAAAGGAAGCUUGGCAAAUGGUAGAGAUGUAGCAGUUAAGCAGUUAAAGAUUGGCGGAGGGCAGGGAGAACGGGAAUUUAGGUCGGAAGUUGAGAUAAUAAGUCGUAUUCACCAUCGCCAUUUGGUUUCACUUGUCGGUUAUUGCAUUAAUGAAAACAGAAGGCUGCUUGUAUACGAAUAUUUCCCUAAUAAUAAUCUCUAUUACCACCUUCAUGGUGAAGGUAUGCCUGUUCUAAACUGGGCUGUACGUGUAAAGAUUGCUCUGGGUGCAGCUCGUGGAAUAGCUUACCUUCAUGAAGACUGCCAUCCUCGUAUCAUCCAUAGAGAUAUAAAGUCAUCUAACAUCCUCAUAGAUAGUAACUUUGAAGCUCGGGUUUCUGAUUUUGGAUUAGCUAGAUUAGCUUUGGAUGCAAAUUCACAUGUUACCACACGUGUUAUGGGAACAUUUGGGUACAUGGCUCCUGAAUAUGCAUCUAGUGGCAAGUUGACUGAAAGGUCCGACGUAUAUUCCUUUGGAGUUGUGCUUUUAGAGUUAAUUACUGGACGCAAGCCUGUAGAUAAAUCUCGGCCAUUAGACGCUGAGAGCUUAGUUGAGUAUGCUCGACCUUUGCUAUCUCAAGCACUUGUGACACGGGACUUCGAGAGGUUGGUCGAUCCAAGACUUGAAAGACAAUACAUCAACAGUGAGAUGUUUCGGAUGAUUGAAGCUGCAGCAGCGUGUGUGCGCCAUUCAUUUAUCAAGAGACCAAAGAUGGGACAGGUGGUGAGAGCAUUGGACACGAUGGCUACAACAGAUCUAACAAACGGAAUGAGAGUCGGGGAGAGCGAAAUGUUCAGCCCCAGAACGCAGUCUGCAGAAAUCCGACUAUUUCAAAGGAUGGCUUUCGGCCCUCAAGAUGAUAUUAGUAGCGGAUUCUUCGAGUAGUCACAAAAUGGAGACACUCUCCUAGAUGCUACAACGUGCAUUUUGGUUAUUUGCAUGCAUAAUGUGUGUGUCUGUGUGUGUAAUCCUGUAUAUACAGGAAAUGCCAUUUUGCCUUCUCUUCUAAAACCUACAUUUUUAUAUUGAGAUCUCUAAUAGCUUAUAGAAAUUCACCCAAUUUUAAUCA